AUGGAGGGAGGAUCAGACGUUGGGUUUUGUAGCUAUUGUACUCCACCGCCCAUAGCCACCCCUGUUCUUCUUACAUCGGCCAAAAGGGUGAAGCAAGAUCCGAGUUUUCCCCAAGCCUUGCCGGUGAUUCCGGCCAUGGUGGCGAAAGGGUGGUCCACCCUCCCGCCCGACCUUGUCCGCCUCGUCGCUGACUCUCUCCUGGCCACCAACGACAUCGACUGCUACAUGUGUUUCUGCGCCGUCUGCCCCGGCUGGCGCGCCGCCACCGAUGACCCCAGGAGCGACGCCUCUGACCACCGUUUCCGCUCGCGCUGCUGGAUCGUCCUUGAUGAGGUCUUCCAGAGCCAAGGGAAAGAGAUGCUCCUGGGAAACACCCACACCGGCCGCUUCCUCCAUAGAGAACUCCCGCUGCUCAGCGACCACUACGUCGUGACAACCACUCGCAAUGGCUACUUGAUCCUGGCGGACAAGAGCCCUCCUCACUCUGCCAGCAUCCUCAACCCUCUCACCGGCGUUGUCAUCCGUUUCAUGGUGUCUGUGCCCCAAGAGGCGGGAUCCUUUGCUGUCCUCUCCCUUCCCAGCUCUGCGCUCGGGCUCACCUUGUUCAGUGACUCAUCUAACAAGAUUUACUUGGCCCAUCCCGACAGCAAGAGUUUUGCCGUCCGGGAGGUUCAGCAAGCACCUUAUGGUUUCUUCCGUAAGGCGGUCGUAGGUGGUGUGUACGCAGACAUUGUAGGGCAUACCGUGAUUGCUGAUUUAUGCCUUUCGCUGAUGUCUCUUGAUGCUGCUGAGCUUGCCAAGCUCUUCGCUGGCGGUCUUCGAGAUGCAACAGACCUCCUGUGUUUUCUAGUGUGUUUGGCUGGACAUAUGUUGCUCGUCUUAUAUGAAAAGGGGUCGAUCUUUGUUCUAAAAAAGGAUGUCAAGAUAGGUAAGUUCGUGGCUUUGGACAACAUCGGCAGGUAUGCCAUCUUCAUUGGUCCUCAGAGGUGCCUGGCUGUCGGUGCUGACAAGUUCCCAGGCAUCGAGGCAAACUGCGCCUACUUCACUGAACAACUGGGUUCGUCCGUUCAUAUCUGCAAGUGCAACAUCAAGGACAGGAAAGUUGAGAGGAUCUCUGAAGCUGCCGAUUUCGUGAAGCAGGACAAGAAGUUUGCCCUCACCGCUGACCAUCCUUCGACGAUCAUCCACCUUCUCUCCGGCUACACCCUCAACAUCCCGGAUUCUCAACUGGCUUUGCAACAGGUUCCAUAA